AUGUCCACUACCCCUACCGCCCCCACCACGCCCACUCCCACCACCCCCCAAAAGCGGCGCCGCCUGGGACUCCAAGUCUCCGUCGAAGCGGGAGCGGACGGGAAACCCCCCGUCCACCAGGUCUUCUCCGACGGUACAUAUCUCCCGGCCUCCGACAGCCACUUCGACCGCACCUCCGCCGCCGCCUCCGCUUUCGUGUACCGCUCCCUCGCCUCGGGCGCCCCUGCUUCCGCAUCCGCAGAGACCAAUGCCACAGACUCGCACGACACACAAGCGCAAUGGGCCCAAAAAGCUUUUGUUUCCGUCGACGGCUCCAUCUACGAGCUCCGUCAGUUUCUCGCUGCCAUCGAAGCACUUAGAGCGCAGACGCCUCUGCUCGAACUGAAGAGAACCGUGCCGAAGGUCGCGCGCAAGGCAGCCACUGUCGCUGAACGCGAGGGCCACGGUAUGAUGGAAGCCAAGAAGAGGCUUGCAAAUCGAAGUGCAGACUUUCUGCUCGAUAGGGUUAACGCCUUGGAGAAGUGGAUCGAAAAGGAUAAUGCGUUUUGCGAAGCCUUUCUGUCGCUAAGGAAACUCUGCAAUGGCGUCAGACGCCGUUCUAACAGUACCCCUCUAAUCGACGUCGGUGAUGGAGACUACGUUCCCGUCCUGCGCCCACCAGAUCUCCAAUCUCCCUCCUCAACCCAACUUCGAAACCCGCCCGGCCCCCUUCCUGUGGAAGAGGACAAGGUUGCUCCAGUGCUUCGUGUUGAGUUUCCUGCCGCGACCUAUCUCAAGUUUGCCGUCAGUGGUCUGGACGAGGAGCGCCCCGUCACCCCUGCCCCUGUCGUCCAGGAGAAUGAGCGCUCAGCGGAUGAUCAGUCUAUUCGAGCUGUGAUCCGUCGCGUACGCCUCGCAAGAGUUUCCGCUUUUCGAAGAAGGACAUUUGACCAAAUGGCGAAAGAGGCCCCCUCCCUACCGUUGCUCACGGAGCGCACAACUAAUACUAUGUGCUUACAAAGUGGCCCUCGCGAUUUUUUGCGAAUCGAGAAGACCCGCCUGGGCGGCACAGCGCCCUCCCUAGACACCAACACAGACCCCCACUCCCCGGUACUCGAUGAUUUUGGAGAUAUGCAAACAGCGAGCCUGUUGCAAAUCAUCGCCAUCCGCUCAUGCCUUUCUCAAACCAUCACCGUAUUUUCCUAUCCCCCUCACACCAUUAUGGAACGCGUGAUUGACGCUGCCAUCAUUCGCGGCGUCAUGCAAGAAACUGAAAAGAUCCUCGACCUGUCAAUAUGCUUCGCGUUCGAUUGGAGUGGACCAGAGGCACUUCACGCGUCGAGGAGUCUCGCGUUCGCGUCUUUUCGGCAAGCCCGGACGGAGACGGUCCGGACCGUGCCUUAA